GCGUCGAGCCCAAGACACCAUGAUCCGCUAAGAUCGCCGUACCGUUCCUCCUCCCGGGAACGAUCCGAGCACCCAAGGUGCGGGCCGGGAUUGAAAAAGCUUUUAGUAUCGAUCUGGUGCAUGGAGAGGCUGAAACCCAACCAAUGAUAGCCGUCUGCUUCGGCUUGAAGACCGCAAUUGCCGCCGUGGUUCGGCGUCCUGACUUCCCCAUCCGGCCCCCUUGCGCAGACCGCAUAGCAGCUGAAGGCCGGGGUCAUUGCUGCACUCUAACUACCCAUCUCGUUGUGAUAGGCCAUCAAGAACCGCUACCCACGAACUAAUGCCCGACCUGCCAUCCUUCUGCCACAUCGACCAAUGGCAAAUGAGCCGACAACCAGCAUCGUGGACAUCAGUGCCUCCUUUUUGAUAGGACGACUGGUCUCUCCUCGCAGAGUGUCUCACCUCUCAGCGAUCGGCAUCAGUGCGUCGGGGGAAAAGAUUGGGAGGUUCAAAGAGUCAUGAAGGGAGGUGAAUGUGUCAAGAGCGGGGGCUCUCGUUCAAAUGACGGAAUCCUGCAGAAGGGGGUGGUAGGCUGGCGUCGUGGAUUGGUCCUCGAGAAAGUGGCAUUGAUAAAAGGGGAAUGCUGGUGUUGUCCCAGAACAUUGGUGAUGCGAUCACGGGUUCUUGCGCCGUCUUGAUUCACUUUCUGUGUCACCCCCCCCAGCGUCGGAAUUUUGUGAGGUCAGCCCACUGUAGAGAAAUGGAUAAGUCGCACCUCAUGCCCGAGAGGCCGGGUAACCGUGUCAGAGUCUCCAGUCCAGAUCGGGAGUCCCACAUUGACGCACACGAAGACUUUUUCUCAACACAUCUGCCAUCUCGUCCUGUCACUCCAAUGGGUCCAGACAGAGACCAUCAGUCUCGCCACCGGAAGCCGAGCAAGAUUGUGUUGUGCUUCGAUGGCACAGGCAAUAAGUUCCAUGGCGACGACAGCGACAGCAACAUUUUGAAGAUAUUUCGAAUGCUGGACAGGACAGCGAGGGAUCAAUUUCAUUAUUAUCAACGGCGUCGUACUAAACUGUAUCCUGAAGCCGGAAUUGGCACCUAUGUUGUCUCGAGCAGCUUGACUCGCACGGGAACGGUGGCGCGUAUCAAGUCUUGGUACAUGAAAGCCAAAGACAGUGCCAUUGGGUCCUCGUUCGAUCAUCAUGUUGUGGGAGGCUAUCGGUUCCUGAUGAGGUUUUAUAACCCUGGAGAUGAGAUCUACAUCUUUGGCUUCUCGCGUGGGGCGUACAUUGCGCGAUUCUUGGCCGAGAUGUUGGAUUAUGUCGGGCUGCUGUCGCACGGUAACGAGGAGAUGGUGGUGUUUGCGUGGAAAGCCUUCUCCAACUGGCAGAGCAGGCAGGGAGACAACACUCCAGAAGGGAACCAGAAGAAGAGGGAGAUGUACACCUUCAUGAAGGGAUUUCGUGAGACCUUCUCCCGCCCUGUCCGCCGCAUCCGCUUUCUCGGCCUCUUCGACACAGUCAACAGUGUACCUCAGUUUGAGGCUGCCUGGAUGCAGAGGAGCAAGUUUCCUUACACGGCGCGCACCUCGGCAAAGGUUGUCCGUCACGCCGUGAGUAUUGAUGAGCGCCGCGCCAAGUUCCGGCAGGACUUGGUGUACCAGAGCAAGAGCGGCAAGAAGCAGCACCACCAUCACCCAGUGUCCGAUGGUCUCCACAAUCUCCACGAGAAAUACAGACGAAAAUCCGCUGCCGCUCCCGCCCACCAAGGUAAACAGGGCCAGGACGACAGAGGGCGACGGCCCACGUUGGGCGUGCCCACGGAUCCAGAGCCAUAUCGCAGGCGCUCCCACUCGACACGAUCACGGCACACCAACAAGACCGAGGCUUCGGCGCGCCCGACGGAGAACGACGUCAAAUCCGAGGUAUCAAUCGAGCCCCAUCCUCAUCUGGAGGACGCUGAAUCAUUUGCCGAGAGUGAGGAAAGCGACGAGGAGGAAAGCCAUCAGGACAUCGACGAAGUGUGGUUCUCAGGAGGCCAUGCGGAUAUUGGUGGUGGGUGGGAGGAAACUUUUGAGGACUCCAAGGUCGCCAGCCACGUUCCCUUGGUCUGGAUGGUCCACGAAGCGAUCAAGGCAGGCCUGAUGUUUGACGAGGAGAAGGUCCGCGAGAUGGGUUGCGUCGAGGCUCUCCAUGGCCACGACGAGUCCGACACCGAGGAUCAUGGGUAUAGGCCGCCGUCGGCAGGACAGGAACAGCCUCUCAAUGACGAGAUUGCCCCUCACGAGACCUCGGGCGAGCCCAACCCACCGAUUCCAAACAUCAUGAUCCGCAGUUCGAGUAUGAGCACACCCAAGUUGUUCCAGCAAUCCAGCUUCAAGGACUCAUUUUCUCAGGCCAACGGCGGGGGCAGUGGUGCCAAAAAGUCGGGCGAGAAGGAGGGUGACUGCAGCGGGCAGCAGAAGCCUUCGUCGUUCCGAGAAAUGAUGCACAAAGCGCACACGGCUCGAAUUCACGACUCCCUCGAGUUUGACUGCGGGCUGAGCAAGACUUCAGUGUUAGCUUGGAAGAUUAUGGAGUAUCUCCCCUUCCGCCGUAUGGACCUUCAAGAAGAUGGCUCUUGGAAGCCCAUUCGCUGGCCCCUCCCCUGCGGGGAAGUUCGUGACAUUCCUGAGGAUGCCCGUAUCCAUGGCAGUGUGAUCCGCCGCAUGAAGGCACACGAGAAAUAUCGGCCAGGAAAUUUGAUCAUUGGUGGUGGUGGGAGAGGGGUGAGGCGUGCUGGAGAAGAGCAUGGUAUUGGCGAUUGGGUCUGUGUUGAGAAGGAUGGUUGUCCGAUUGGGGAGAUUUGGAUGAAGAGGAGCGCUUGGGAGAAGAUGCAUGGGAAUUGCAAUGGCAACGAGAAGAAUGGCAAUGCCCACUGAUGAGGAUACGUGCCUAGUGUAACACUUGAGGAUAUGCUCAGAAACAAGCAAAAAGCAUACCAUCUUCUUCACCUUUCAUCAUGGGACAUGUGAGGCGGCCAAUGAAGAAUCGCCUUGUCCUGUGCCA